UGUGAGAACCUUGCCUUUUAUGGGCAACGCCAGGUGUCCCCGGAGCGCAAAUAAAGGCGGCGAGGGACGGGUCCUGGCGGCGCAUUUACCGAGCACAGCUGGGGCAGAGACACACCCGCCGGACUUCACCUCAGACAGACCGAGACCACCCUGCACAGAAAUGGAUGACGACAUCUCUGCCCUCGUUGUUGACAACGGCUCUGGCAUGUGCAAGGCCGGCUUCGCUGGAGACGACGCUCCCCGCGCCGUCUUCCCUUCCAUCGUCGGUCGCCCCAGACACCAGGGUGUGAUGGUGGGAAUGGGACAGAAGGACAGCUACGUGGGAGACGAGGCUCAGAGCAAGAGAGGUAUCCUGACCCUGAAGUACCCCAUCGAGCACGGCAUCGUCACCAACUGGGACGACAUGGAGAAGAUCUGGCAUCACACCUUCUACAAUGAGCUCCGUGUCGCUCCUGAGGAGCAUCCAGUCCUGCUGACAGAGGCUCCCCUCAACCCCAAAGCCAACAGGGAGAAGAUGACACAGAUAAUGUUCGAGACCUUCAACUCCCCGGCCAUGUAUGUGGCCAUCCAGGCCGUCCUGUCUCUGUACGCUUCUGGUCGUACCACAGGUAUUGUGAUGGACUCUGGUGAUGGUGUCAGCCACACUGUGCCGAUCUACGAGGGCUAUGCUCUACCUCACGCCAUUCUGCGUCUGGAUCUGGCCGGCAGAGAUCUGACCGACUACCUGAUGAAGAUCCUCACUGAGAGAGGCUACAGCUUCACCACCACUGCUGAGCGUGAGAUCGUGCGUGACAUCAAGGAGAAGCUCUGCUACGUGGCUCUGGACUUUGAACAGGAGAUGCAGACAGCAGCUUCCUCUUCCUCCCUGGAGAAGAGCUACGAGCUUCCUGAUGGACAAGUCAUCACCAUCGGCAAUGAGAGGUUCCGCUGCCCAGAGGCGCUCUUCCAGCCUUCAUUCCUCGGAAUGGAGUCAGCCGGCAUCCAUGAGACGACCUACAACAGCAUCAUGAAGUGUGAUGUGGACAUCCGUAAGGACCUGUACGCCAACACUGUUCUGUCUGGAGGUACCACCAUGUACCCCGGCAUUGCCGACCGCAUGCAGAAGGAGAUCACUGGCCUGGCCCCACCCACCAUGAAAAUCAAGAUCAUCGCUCCCCCAGAGAGGAAGUACUCCGUCUGGAUCGGAGGCUCCAUCCUGGCCUCCCUCUCCACCUUCCAGCAGAUGUGGAUCAGCAAGCAGGAGUACGAUGAGUCCGGCCCCGCCAUCGUCCACCGCAAGUGCUUCUAAUCUGCUCCACGGCGUCUUCCUCCUCAUCGUCCUCUGCCCCAGCACACGUCUUUCAGCUGUGCCAUGCAACCAUAAAUGUGUCUGGUCCGUCUUGUGUGAACAGACUAAAACAUGCGAGAUGAAGCCAGCAACUGUUUACAUUUUUAAGUUUGUACUUGGCACACCCUCAGCAGCUUUCUGACCCUCUACGAACAAACAAGACUUACUGCUCACUUUUCAGUCCUUCUGGUGAUCAGAUCCCAGGAAACGGUGUCUCAGAGCAUUAUUUUUUUUCUACUUGUAUCUUUCUACCUCUAACAGUCCAUGUAACUGCACACGUGUAUACCUGCUUCCCCCCUCGUCCAUUUCACCUGGAGUCCAGGCUCGGUGUUUAUACUCUGAAUAAAAUGCCAACAUUUAA